AUGACGGACCGCGUUCGCGUAUUGCGUCAGCUUGGCGAACAGAUCCGUCUGCGUGAGCAGGAUCUUUCCCGCAUGAUCACCCUGGAGAUGGGUAAACCCAUUGCACAGGCACGCGCUGAAUCCCGGAUGGUUUAUCAUUCUUCCUGGGCCACCUAG